GUUUCAUGUCUCACCACAUUUUAAAUGUUACCUGCUUGAAAGACGACACAUGCCGAGUUACAUUUCAACGCCAAGAAAGAGCGAGACAUCCGGGUCGGGAAGUGAUGAAUGUAGUUGCCUCCAGGGAUGAGGAUGUUGCUCAGGAAGUUUCCUGCCAUCUGAACACAGCAGGUGGCCUCUGGCCUCCACAGAUGUCGGAGUGAAGGGACAAACAAAGCGCAGACGUUCUGCAAGGAAGAGAGGAAAGAAAAGAGGAGUGUUUCCUCCCUCUUUUGUGCCAUUCUGACCGAGAAGCAGAGACAGAACCCCGGGGACGCCUCAACCGACUCAGGGGAACUUUCGAAGACAUUUGGCUCCUCAUUUGUCAGUCAAUGAAGUACCUGUCAGGUUGUGGACGGGUGCCAGCAAGCCACUGACCGAUGGAGAAAUAUGAGAAACUGGCCAAAAUUGGAGAAGGUUCUUACGGCGUGGUGUUCAAAUGCAGAAACAGGGACACGGACCAGAUAGUUGCCAUCAAGAAGUUUGUGGAAUCUGAAGACGAUCCAGUCAUUAAGAAGAUUGCGCUGAGGGAAGUACGCAUGCUGAAGCAGCUGAAACACGUCAAUCUGGUCAACCUGCUAGAGGUUUUCCGCAGGAAACGCCGCCUCCACCUGGUGUUUGAGUUCUGUGAGCAGACGGUCCUCAACGAACUGGAAAAACACCCACGAGGGGUUCCUGAGGAUCAUCUUAAGAGCAUUGUAUGGCAGACACUGCAGGCCGUCAACUUCUGCCACAAACACAACUGCAUCCACCGUGACGUCAAGCCUGAAAACAUCCUCCUGACCAAAAGCGGCGUCAUCAAGUUGUGCGACUUUGGCUUCGCUCGCAUACUAACUGGACCAGAGGACGACUACACGGACUACGUGGCGACCCGCUGGUACCGGGCUCCAGAGCUCCUGGUUGGGGACACUCAGUACGGGCCUCCAGUGGACGUGUGGGCACUGGGAUGCGUCUUUGCCGAGCUGCUUAACGGAAGUCCGCUCUGGCCCGGGAAGUCUGACGUGGACCAGCUGUACCUCAUACGCAAAACUCUUGGGGACCUCAUUCCUCAUCACCAGCAGGUGUUCCGGUCUAAUGUGUUCUUUAGCGGAGUCAAUAUUCCUGAACCGGACACCACGGAGACGUUGGAAAAGCGAUUCUCUGGCGUGUCACCACAGGCUCUCCAAGUAAUGAAGUCCUGCCUGGUGAUGGACCCCUCCCUCAGGUUGUCCUGCGAGGAGCUGCUGGCGCUGCCCUACAUCAACGACGACGGCGGUUCUGGCUGGGCCCGCGAGGGGGAACGUCCCGUGAGGCGCCACGAUAAAGGACCCCGCCGCAGACAGACGGGGGCCCAGUACCUGCCACAGUUAACAAACAGCAACAUGUCACCAGCGCCAGACGUCAAGAAGCCGGUGAAGCACAAAUAUCACCUGCCCAACAUUUAGCCAAUGACGAGCCAGCCGGCCUCAAUUGACCUCGUGGCUCAACCAGACUGGAUGGAACAUGAGGACACUUCUACGUCAUCUAUCCGGUAUCACUAACGCACGGCACCCAACGCUGUAGUGGUGAUGCUGGCACCCCCAGUAGCACGUCAUCUACAGCGCUCCACAUACGUAGAUUUCCGUGUGGUGCAUUCAAGGACUUGAACCUAGCGUUAGUACAUCGAGUGUCCACAAUUAUAACAAACAAUGAGAUGUUCAUUUUAAAACGAGCGUAGAAUGCGUACAAUAUUCAUUCAACCAUUAAGCUUGUGUAUGUGUAAUACAAAGCAGGAAGGUGAAAGAAUGAAUGCAAUGUAAUUACAAAUGACAUGACUGCAUGACUACUGUCAGUACUCAAGCUUGUAUAGUUGUAAUAAAAGCUGCCAUG